AUACCCUUUCCAAUAUGGCCUAUAAAAACCAACCUUAAUCUGAGUGAGUGCAUGGCUAAUUUGCAAAUAGUUCCGGCUCACACCCCAUUUCAUGUGGAGCCUCAGCUGGUGGAGAUGAUGGUUCCCCUUUAUUCUCAUGGUUGCGCCAACAAAAUCCACAAGGCUCUCUCCCAUCUCAAAGGGAUAUAUUCAGUUAACGUAGAUUACGACGAGCAGAAAGUGACGGUGUGGGGAAUAUGCAACAAAAACCAAGUGUUGAGCACUGUGAGAAGCAAGAGAAAAGCAGCUCGUUUUUGGAACACUGAUGAUGAUGAUAAUAAUAAUAAUGAUCCACAAGCAGAAGAAGAAGGUCUAAACUCAAGAAGGCCUUCUUUUGGUGUUAACAAGCUUCGUUCCCUCAGUUUCAAAUUAGCCUGCAAGAAGGUUUUCACCACUACAAGAUCAUAUUCCUUGCGUAUCUUUGGGGCUCCUACUGUUUCCUAACUUUUGUACAUAAUAUAUGUAUCCAUCUAUCUUUUCACUCCAUGGUCUUUG